AUGGCAGAAACCGGCGUCGCACAUAAAAUCAUCUCUGUUAUUCUCCGCCUUUCCGAACUCUCCUCCGCUAUAAUCGUCCUGGGCAUUCUCUCGCGCUUCUGCUACCUCGCAGGCAUCGCGGAAGCGCAUGUCGACGGACGCAUCAUCUACACCAUCGUCGUCUCGUGCCUCGGUAUUAUUUAUUCCAUCUGUUUCUGUCCACCGUUCAAGGCAAUGUUCUUGAGCUUUCCUUUUGACUUUGUCCUGUUUGUUAUGUGGCUCGUGGCAUACUGCUUGCUCCAGACGAGAACUGGCAGUCACACUUGUUCUGGGAGGUGGUACUACAAUUAUUGGGGCUACUACUGGGGUCGCUUUUGGCGAGUCGGACCAAUUGGGACGGUGAAUGUUGACGCGGUGGGUUGCGCCUCGUGGAGGACAGCCCUUGCGUUUGCAUUCAUCGCGUGGUUUCUCCAUCUUCUGAGUGGCGUUCUCGGUAUAUACGUCUUCCGUACUUAUAUCAAGCUAGACGAGACCAAGACUGAUAUAAAGCAACACGCGGAGAAGCUUGCCAAAGGAGACCCCAAAGUCCAUGGUUAUCAGCGAAAUGUUGAAGCGGCAGACAAUGUCUAG